CAUAUUGUCAAAAUAAAAAAUAUAAAUCAAUAUUCGACCUAUCAAUAUAUAUUCAACGUUGCAACGGGGUAAAGAUGGCGAAAAGUUUCGGUAGUGCGUGCGCGCAAAUUGCAAUUCUCCUUGCGAUAUUCGGUGCAAUUGAGAUAACGUCGGCCAGGUCCAAUCCAGAUGCUUACUAUCCCCUCGACAUGAAGCUCACAUUCAUCAAUGCCCACGAUGUGGUUCGACUGCCAGCGGCGGAAGAUCAAGCAGGGAGUCGUCAGAAGCGUGCGGCGCCCGAUGCGGCAGCGGCAGCGGCAGACUCGGCGGCGGCGCCGGCCGGCAUAACGCCGGAUGCAAAGAGUCAGUACCAAAGCGUAAAUGGGAAUGCCAGCGCUGUGGCCGGUGGCACGGAGACCACGGUUACCACCGUCGACAGCAAGACGGGUGUGGGAGAACCGGGUGGCAGUGUCUCGUACAAUGUACACAAUUUGGGCGUCAAUGGCACCGGACAGCGAAAGGAUUAUAGUGUACAGAAUGCCGAUGGAUCUGCGAACCCAACGGCAACCACCACCAUCAAUGUGGCGGCCAAGAAGCCCACCCAGCUGCUGGGCAACCAAUCGCAGUAUCCCAAAAAGGUGGCCGCCUCCGCGCCGAUUGUGCCACUGCAGAUGCCGCUGCCUGCUGGGGUAGCCACCUCAACGGACCGCAUCAACGUGGACCAGUGGACGGAUGUGGAUGUCUCGGAUGUGGAUGUCGCCGAGGAGGUGAUCAACAAGGGCAUCAGCAGCGAGAGCCUAAACCGCACGGAGGACCAUCACGAGUACUACAACAGUACUCUGUAUAUCAACAAGGCGGAGGCCGCAGCACUGUGGUCCCAGCUGCGUACCGUGCCCGAGAACAGCAUGCUGUCCUCGUCGCAUCGUCGUGCCAUGACCGUGGAGCUGCAGUUUGAUUUCCCCUUCUAUGGUCACUAUGUGCGCAACAUAACCGUUGCCACCGGCGGUUUCCUCUACACCGGCGAGUAUGUCCACUCCUGGCUGGCGGCCACGCAAUAUAUUGCCCCCCUGAUGGCCAAUUUCGAUACGAGCAUGGCCCUGGAUUCGGUUGUCCGUCUGCACGAUAAUGGUACCGCCUUUACGGCCGUCUGGGAGAACGUGACGCUUCAGGAUAAGCCCGACUAUGGAAAGUUCACGUUCAGCGUCACCCUCCAUCAGAACGGGGACAUUGUGUUUGGAUAUUUCCAGGUGCCCACGCAAAUCAACACGAUCCAGGACAAUCAGCAUCCGGUUAAGGUGGGCCUCUCGGAUGCCUACAUCAUUGACAAGCAUCUCUACUUUGCCCGUCGAAAGACCAUCUACGAGUAUCACCGCGUGACCUUCCAGCAAAAGGAGAUCACCAAUGCUACCGUUAUCAAGCUGACGGCCCUGCCCACCUGCCUGGGCUACAAUGAUUGCCAGGCGUGCAUUAACCAUAACACAACUUUUGCCUGCUCCUGGUGCCCGGCGCUGAAUCGCUGCUCCACGGGUACCGAUCGCAAGAAGCACGAAUGGAUUCAAAAGGGCUGCGACACAGCUGCCAUUCAUGAUGUUGGCACUUGUCCGGUUCUCGGCACGAAGGGCAACAACGCCGGCCAGGAGAAGACCGGCACUGCGAGCAGUAGCGGCAGUGGCAACUCGUCCACCGCCUCGCCCGCCAGUUCUGCGGCAACAGAGCCAACGCUGAGCAGCACGCGAGCUCCGCGAGCAACUGCCCAAACCAAGACAGUCGCCGAUGCAAGCAGCAGCAGAAGUCCGGCGGACGGCAAGCUCUUGAAUGCCGACGAGCUUUCUCAGGCGCAGGGCGACAACAAGAGCGUGGGCAUGGCAUUUGGCUUCAUGGUGCCCAUCUGCAUGGUGUUCGCCGUGACGCUGUGGCUCUUCUAUGCGUACCGCAAUCCGCACACGAAGAGCGGCCAACUUUUAAUUCAGUCCAAGCAUUUGCAUCAGUUCCGUCCCAGCCAGUGGUCUUGGAGGCGCGGCGAGGCGCGCUAUACGGCAGCCACGAUACACAUGUAAAGAGUACCAGAGAUAUCCAGAGAGAUGAUGGAGCGACAGAGAGAGAGAGAGAGAGAUGAGAUCGCCUAAGAGAGAGAGAAAGAGAGUUGCAGCAAAAACGACAGAAAUUUUGAUAGAAAACCGGAGACCGAAAUCCCCCUCCACCCCGCAAAUAUCAAUCCUCAAACAACAAACAAUUUGGAAAUUGAUUAUUCUAUUGAUCACAGGAAAAGACAAACGGAAUAAUUAGUACUGAUGUUAAAGAUUUUUCGACAGACACAAAAAAUAAUGUAAGGCAAGGCAAAAGCAAGACAGAAACGGAUACAAAAUUAAGAAGCCCCCACCACCCAAAUCACAAUCCCUAACCCCUAACCUCCAACCGAAUUGCUCAAAAAAGACGACUAGCAACAGCAUGAAGUGAUCCUUUAGUGUUUUCUUUGGUUCUGUUUUUAGCCCCAUCCUCCUUAGCUAUCCCCAAAAGCCAAGACCCAAGUCCUCCCCAAGAUCCCAGCACAUACUUGUACGAACUCCAACAAAACACAAACACACACACACACACACACAAAACCAAACACACACACACACACACAGGGCAAAGUGCUUUCAAUUGUUUUCCUAGUUCAAUUUUUUUUAGGUCUCUUAUUAUAUGUUUUAUUUAAUACUUUUUUAACCCUAAAGAAAGGAAACCAAACGAUCAAUGGAGUGAUAUCAGAGAUCGAGGGCAGAGUUUUAUAUAUAUUGUAUAUUUGUUUGUGCCGCAGCGUCCUCCACAGACAGCGUUCCUUCACAAUUUGUGUAAUCGGAUUUCGUUAGUUUCUUUAAAAAGAGAUGUUUCUAAAGUGUGUGUUUUAGUAGUGGCUUGGCGAUGAGGAUAAAAUGAAUCGCGCAGGAU